GAGUCCACGCGGGCCGUGGGAGUUACGCGCCUGCGGAGCUGGCGAGGGUUCAGCCGAAGGGGAGUGUGGCCAGACCUCCCACUACCCGUGGUGGAAGGGAGGAAAGAAGCCAUAAAAUGCAAGGGGAGCCAAACCCUAGUGCUUCCCUUAUUGACAGAACCAUCAAGAUGAGAAAAGAAACAGAAGCUAGGAAAGUGGUUUUAGCCUGGGGACUCCUAAAUGUAUCUAUGGCUGGAAUGAUAUAUACUGAAAUGACUGGAAAAUUGAUUAGUUCAUAUUAUAAUGUGACACACUGGCCCCUCUGGUAUAUAGAGCUUGCCCUUGCAUCUCUCUUCAGCCUAAAUGCUUUAUUUGAUUUUUGGAGAUAUUUCAAGUACACUGUGGCACCAACAAGUCUGGUUGUUAGCCCUGGACAGCAAACACUUUUAGGGUUAAAAACAGCUGUUGUACAGACUACUCCUCCACAUGAUCUGGCAGCAUCCCAAAUCCCUCCCUCUCCACCUUCUCCUUCAAUUCAGGGUCAGAGUGUAUUAAGUUAUAGCCCAUCUCGCUCACCCAGUACCAGCCCCAAGUUCACCACCAGCUGUAUAACUGGAUACAGCCCUCAGCUACAAGGUCUGUCAUCAGGUGGCAGUGGUUCUUAUAGCCCUGGAGUGACCUACUCACCCAUCAGUGGUUAUAACAAGUUGGCCAGCUAUAGUCCCUCUCCAUCUUCUCCAUACCCUACCACUGUUGGACCAGUGGAGAACAGUGGAUUGAGAUCUCGCUACCGUUCUUCACCCACCGUCUACAACUCCCCUACUGACAAAGAAGACUACAUGACAGACCUACGAACCUUGGAUACUUUUCUUAGAAGUGAAGAAGAGAAACAGCAUAGAGUUAAGCUGGGAAGCCCAGAUUCUACUUCACCUUCCACCAGUCCUACUUUCUGGAACUACAGUCGUUCUGUGGGGGAUUAUGCACAAACUUUAAAGAAGUUUCAGUAUCAGCUUGCCUGUAGGUCUCAGGCCCCAUGCGCUAACAAAGAUGAAGCUGAUCUCAGUUCUAAACAAGCUGCAGAGGAGGUCUGGGCAAGAGUGACUAUGAAUAGACAACUUCUUGAUCAUAUGGAUUCAUGGACAGCCAAGUUCAGAAAUUGGAUCAAUGAGACAAUAUUAGUGCCACUUGUACAAGAGAUUGAGUCUGUCAGCACACAAAUGAGGCGAAUGGGUUGUCCAGAGCUGCAAAUAGGAGAGGCUAGUAUUACUAGCUUGAAGCAGGCUGCUCUGGUCAAAGCUCCACUCAUUCCAACUCUAAAUACAAUCGUGCAGUAUCUAGACCUCACGCCAAAUCAGGAAUACUUGUUUGAAAGGAUCAAAGAACUUUCUCAAGGAGGCUGUAUGAGCUCAUUUCGAUGGAAUAGAGGUGGAGACUUCAAAGGCCGCAAGUGGGAUACAGACCUGCCCACUGAUUCUGCUAUCAUCAUGCAUGUGUUUUGUACCUACCUUGAUUCCAGACUACCUCCACAUCCUAAAUACCCUGAUGGAAAAACAUUUACUUCUCAGCACUUUGUUCAGACACCAAAUAAACCAGACGUGACAAAUGAGAAUGUUUUUUGCAUUUAUCAGAGUGCUAUCAACCCUCCCCAUUAUGAGCUAAUCUACCAGCGUCAUGUCUACAGUCUUCCAAAGGGCCGAAAUAAUAUGUUUCAUACAUUGUUAAUGUUCCUCUACAUCAUAAAGACCAAAGAGUCAGGAAUGCUUGGGAGAGUUAAUCUUGGUCUAUCCGGUGUGAAUAUUUUGUGGAUUUUUGGCGAGUAGUGGGUCAUUUAAUUCCAAACUUUUGGACUUUAUUUGACUGAAUCAGAAGUUGAAUCUAAGUAUCUCUGAGUCACGGCCUCUUCUGAAAUAAGAUACAUAUGUGUAUGUUACAGACUCUUUAGAUUUAACAAAAAAUUAGCUAUUAUGAAACUUCUUUGUAAAAGUAUGCCCUAUAUCUUCUACACCAAGAAACAUUACUUUAUCAUUUCAGAAAAAAACUGCAACCCUUCAGAUUUUUGUUGGCCAGAACAGUGCCGUUCCGCCUUAAUUGAGUCCUUCUUCAAUGUAACCCCCCAAAUGAGAAUCAUCUGCCUGAUUCCUCCCCACAAAAAUUGUUUUUUCAGUUGAGUUAUUUAGUAUAAAUAAUUUUUUUAAAAAAGCAAAUUGCUGGGCUUCCCUGGUGGCGCAGUGGUUGAGAAUCUGCCUGCCAAUGCAGGGGACACGGGUUCGAGCCCUGGUCUGGGAAGAUCCCACAUGCCGCGGAGCAACUGGGCCCGUGAGCCACAACUACUGAGCCUGAGCGUCUGGAGCCUCUGCUCCGCAACAAGAGAGGCCACGAUAGUGACAGGCCCGCGCACCGCGAUGAAGAGUGGCCCCCACUCGCCGCAACUGGAGAAAGCCCUCACACAGAAACGAAGACCCAACACAGCCAAAAAUAAACAUAAUAAAUAAAUAAUAAAUAAAAUUUUAAAAAAAAGCAAAUUGCUGGGCUUCCCUGGUGGCGCAGUGGUUGAGAAUCUGCCUGCUAAUGCAGGUGACACGGGUUUGAGCCCUGGUCUGGGAAGAUCCCACAUGCCGCAGAGCAACUAGGCCCGUGAGCCACAACUACCGAGCCUGCGCGUCUGGAGCCUGUGCUCCGCAACAAGAGGCCACGAUAGUGAGGCCCGCGCACCGCGAUGAAGAGUGGCCCCCACUUGCCGCAGCUAGAGUAAGCCCUUGCACAGAAACGAAGAUCCAACACAGCCAAAAAUAAAUAAAUUAAUUAAUUAAUAAUAAUUUUUAAAAAAAAGAACUUUGUAAGGUAGCAAUUUCUGUCUUUCCAAGGUAUCCUUUAAAAAAAAAAAAAAAAAGCAAAUUGCUUAUUUUUUUUUUAAUGUUUAUAUUACCCCAGUGUUCAACAAAUUAGCCCAAGGCCCAUAUUUUUAAAAAUGAGAUAAACUUUUAAAUAAUAGUUCAUGUGCAUUUAAAAAAUAUUACUGGAAGAGGUUUGACGGUAUUAAUGUUUAAAAAGUCAACUCUUGAUGAAGUUCACAGUCUUGAACAUGGUUUGAAAGAUGCUGCCUGAUCUUCCCUCUGCCCCCUCGCCCCUGCCUCCACUCCAGUCUUGCCUUGCCCCUCUCCUUCCGUGCCCCAGCCACACUGGCCCUCUCUCAGCUCUCAUCCCAGGGCCUCCAUGUACUCCCGCUGCCUGAGACACUCCGGCCCCACUCUUGGUCUAGCCAACCCUCCUCAGCACCCUUCUAGGCUCUGCCUAAAUAUUGCUUUCCCAGAGAAGCUCUCCCUCCCCUGACCCCUUCCAUUCCCACCUCCCGCAGAUCCCCUGACUGUUUUCUCUCUUGGUACCUUUCACCUUUGCUUCAUAUCACCGACCAUGGUUUGAAAUCACAUAGGCAUGUGCAUUUCUUUAUAUGUCUCUCUAAACCUGUGCUGUUCAAUACAGCAGCUACCUGAGGCUGUUAAGCACUUGAAACACGCCUAGCCCAAAUUGCGAUGCGCCAUAAGUGUAAAAUCACACUGGUUUCAAAGACUUGAUAGGAAUAAAAGACUGUAAACUAAAAAAUAAAUAACUAUAAAAAUAAAAAGUCAACUCUUGGAUUAAAUUUAGCUGAUAGAAUUAAACUAUUUAGGUCUUAGUUAAGAGGCUGAAGACAUCAAGAAAACAAUUGCCUUGGUUUUAAUAACUCAGUUUCACUGUUCCAUAAUAUUGUAUUGAGUUCCCUUCUUUAAGAUAUGAUAUCUUAUCUGUUUAAAUUUUUUAGAUAUGUUCAAAAUAUCUGGAAAGUAAGAAAUUACCAAGUUUGUAAGUUUUGCUUGACUCUCCAUCUUUAUUUUCUUACAUGUAUAUGUAGUAUAUCUAAGGCUAGUCAGCAAUUGCAUGUAUUUUCUGGGUUGACAUGUUACUAGAGAGUGCUUUACCUGGAAACAACUAAAACUAGUAUUUUCUCAGUAACUCCGUGUCAGUAUUACAUAUGCAGCUCAUUUUGUAUAAUUUGUAAAUCUUGUUCCUGUUUUUUAAAAGUCAGAUGUCCAAAGGAAAGGAAGUUUCUAUCUUUUAACUGCUUUUGAUGUAUGUAUGUUAAAUUUGUUUGUUAUGAUAAAAUACCAAUUAAACAUGUUAAAUAUAAGAACAUGU